AUGCUGUUGGCGGACCUUGGCGCCGACGUGAUCAAAGUCGAGUCUUUUGCCGGAGAUGAUACCCGCAGUUGGAGCCCUCCCUCGGCACCUCUCAAAGAGGAUAUACCACUACCAGACGAACCCGCAGAGUCUGCAUAUUUUCUAUCAGUCAACCGAAAUAAGCGGUCCAUCUGUGUCGACUUCAAAUCACCACAAGGCAUUGAACUGAUGCAUAGACUUGUCGCUCGGGCAGAUAUCCUUGUAGAAAACUUUAUCCCCGGCAAACUCGAAAAACUCGGGCUCGGCUACUCCCAAUGUCAAGAACUCAACCCGGGUAUCAUCUACACAUCCAUCAGUGGAUACGGACAGACGGGACCAUAUGCUGCGAACGCAGGGUACGACGUCGUGAUAGAGGCUGAAGCAGGCCUUAUGCAUAUAACCGGCGAGCCUAAUGGCCCACCGUGUAAAGUUGGCGUUGCAGUGACAGACGUGUCAACGGGGUUGUAUGCACAUGGGGCCAUACUGGCUGCUCUCUUGGCGCGACAAACGACUGGGCGAGGGGUGUGGAUUGACUGCAACCUACUCGAGACACAGGCGCGGUUGGCCAACAUUGCCUCUAAUUAUCUUGUUGCGAAUGCUUCGGCGACACGACACGGGACUGCCCAUCCAAGCAUCGUACCCUAUCAAGUCUUUCCAUGCAAAGAUGGCUACAUUAUGAUAGGUGCAGGCAACGACAAUCAAUUCGGCCUCUUGUGCAGGCGCGUGCUCGAGCGACCAGAACUGGCGACAAACGAAAAUUUUUCGACGAAUAGAAGCAGAGUAGCAAACAGAGAGUCUUUGGUAGAUGCCAUCACGGCGAUUUUGAUGCAGGAAACUCGCGAUUAUUGGAUACAGAAGUUCAACGGAGUUGGAGUGCCGUUUGGGCCUAUCAACGAUAUUGAACAAACGUUCUCUCAUCCCCAGGUCCAAGCACGUGGCCUAGUUGUCGAGGUGGAACAUCCCAGAGCUGGUCCAGUGAAGCUAGUUGGACCAGCAGUGAUGUACAACGGCUCACGAAUGGGGGUGACGAGGCCACCGCCAUACCUGGGACAGCACACGAGCGAGGUGCUAAGGGAGGUUGGAUAUCAGGACAAAGAAAUUGAACGCCUCAGGCAGUCAAAGGUUGUUAGAUAG